UGAAAGGAGGAAGCGCCGCAAAUUGGUAAACACGUUUGAACUUUGAGUUGUGCGGCGAAGCAGACUUAUUGUAACUAAUGCAAGUGUAUCACUGGCAAUGGAGAGGAGCGUAGGGGUUAUUUCAGCUAUUAAAGCUCUGGGGUAUCCGGGCGGUACCUGCCUCACACAGUGCAGCUGUGAUGAGCUUCCUUGUCCCAUGCUCACCUGGCUGUCUGCAGAGCUCAGGAAACUCUGUCCCGAGCUGAGAGACUCAAAUGGGACAGGUGAGGUCUUGCUGGUGGGAGAGCUGAGACAUUUACUGUCAAGCAUGUCGUCUCCCCUCGCAGCGCUGACCUCCGAGGUGCUGGGACCGUCCGUCCUCAACAAAAUCACUGAGUUCCUUGUGUCAGAAUUGCAAGCGGCGCACAUGAUCCAGCAUAAGGAAUUACAUCCCGAGGAGAAAAUAACAGGAGAUGAGUCUGAAAAAGAGCAGCGAGUGGAAGAACGCCACCAUGACGAGGCUGAGUUUUGUCAGGAUUUUGAAGAUGAUGACGAUCGCAGGAAGGCGGAGAUGCAGGCUGAAUGGGUACUAGUGCUGCGUGCCCUCGACAUGGAUGCCUCCUCUCAGUUUGCAGAUGUCAUGAGUGAGGUGAAGUCGAGGCUUGCCCGUCUACCGAGCGGUGACAUGAUGAACCCUCUUCUCAGCACCAGCCCCAGUGCAGAGCAAUGGAUGCAAGUGAAAAAGAUAAAUCAAAUCCUGUUGGAGGAUUAUCAGUGUCGGCGCCAAAUGAUCAUCAAACGCUUCCAGGUUACACUGCAGUCAUUUGCAUGGGGAGAAAAACAAAAGGAGCGUAGUUUAGUUCUGGCCACAGUGCCUCCUCUGUCAUCCUUCGCUGGCUCCUCUCGAGUGUCUCCGUCUCUUCUGCUUGCUGCCAGGGAAGAUCAGUCCUUCAUUGACACAGUCAAGCCUGGAAAGAGUACUCCUGUCUACAAGAUGCUGAUGGGCAGCGUACCGGACAGAGGAGGAAGACCGGGGGAGAUAGAGCCACCUAUGCCAGUGUGGGAAGACCGAAGAGCGAAAGGAAACAGAUGGGGACGAGGAGGUGGACACCAACAUCGGCAAAAAUCCUCAAAGAAGAAGAGAGGCAAACAAGAUUGAUCUGGAUUGAUUGAUUUUUUUUUUGUUGUUGUUGCUUGAAUUGAGAAAUAAGUGAUUAUAUUUCUUUAUUUAAAAUUUUCCUGUGGAACGUUGUGUGCGAUAUAAUUUUAUAGCUAUAAAUUCAUAUAUAAUUUAAAGUUUUAGCACAUGUACAUACCUGACUGUACAUUUCUAAAAUAGCUUGCCAUUGGAAGAAUGUAGCUGGUAUAUGACCAGAAAGUUUUUGUAACAUUUUUGUUGAUAUGAAAGAAAACACAACAAUAAUUAUUUUAUGCGCUGGCUUUCCACAUUUGUAGAUGGGUUUGUUGAAGAAUAAACCUAUUACUUACA